AUGGCGGCUAAGUUAAACCAGUUCAUUUUAUUUCAGUCAUUGAUUUGUGUGUUAUCUAUAUUAUGUGUUGAAUCACUGCGAAAAGGUUUUCCUCAUCGGAAGUCUCACCAACUUAGGGAAAGUGGUUAUGCUUACAAAACAGCGUACUUCGAACAAAAGGUCGACCACUUUGGAUUUGCCAAUGAUGACACAUAUAAACAGAGAUAUCUAGUGGCUGACCAAUUUUGGGACAAAAAUGGUGGACCUAUAUUUUUUUACACUGGUAAUGAAGGAGACAUUACAUGGUUCUGUAACAAUACUGGAUUUAUGUGGGAACUGGCCCCUAAGUUGAAAGCCCUGCUGAUUUUUGCUGAGCAUCGAUACUAUGGUGCUUCUUUGCCUUAUGGUGCUGAUGCUGCUAAGGAUCCUAACAAACUACAGUAUCUGACAUCUGAGCAGGCACUGGCUGACUUUGCUAUACUGAUCCAAGAGUUGAAGGCCAAUGAACCAGGAGCUCAGAACAGCAGAGUGAUUGCCUUUGGGGGAUCAUAUGGGGGAAUGCUGGCUGCUUGGCUGAGGAUCAAAUACCCUAAUGUUGUGGAUGGGUCCCUCGCUGCCUCUGCCCCUAUUUGGAGCUUCAUAGGUCAGAUCCCUUGUGAGGCUCAGUUGCAAGUUGUCACCAACUCUUUCAAGAGGGAGUCUUCAACCUGUGUCAAAAACAUCAGGAAGUCAUGGGGUGUCAUCAACACAUUAGGUGCUACAGACUUGGGGAGGGCACGCCUUUCCACCACAUUUGAUUUGUGUGCACUGUUGAACACGAGUGCAGAUGCAGGUGCCCUGAAGUCAUGGCUGUUAGAGGUCAUGUUUAACCUGGCUAUGGUAGAUUAUCCCUAUCCAGCCUCUUUCCUUGAACCUCUGCCUGGCUGGCCUAUCAAGGCUGUGUGUGGCCCUUUGUCUAAUGAAGUUGUGGAUGAUGUAGCCUUAAUUGAGGCUCUAUCUAAGGCAGUCAAAGUAUACUACAACUACACUGGUCAGGCCAAGUGUUUAGAUGUCAAUCAGAAUGCAGUGGGAAGUCUUGGAGAUGAACUAUGGGGAUAUCAGGCUUGUACUGAAAUGGUGAUGCCAUCCUGCUCCAAUGGUGUGACAGACAUGUUUGAACCUACCACCUACAACUUCAGUCAGGUUUCUGAUGAGUGCUUUAAACAGUUCAAAAUCCGGCCGCGGAAGUCUUGGGUCAUAACAGAGCGGAAAUCUUGGGGGAAAAACAUUAAAACUGCCAGCAAUAUCAUCUUCAGUAACGGCCUUCUUGACCCGUGGUCUUCUGGUGGCGUGCUGAAGUCUAUCUCACCCAGUCUUACAGCCAUCAUCAUCCCUAAUGGUGCUCACCAUGUAGAUCUUCGUACCUCAAACCCAAAGGAUACACCAGACAUCACCAAGGCUAGGCAGACAGAGGAAUAUAUCAUUAAAGGAUGGGUCAAGGGAGACAACUCAUGAGCUCCUCAUGUUUCCUGGACAGAAUUAUUGUUUUAACAGUCACUACUAUACAGUUUAUACUUGGUAACUAAACAGUUUAUACUUGGUAACUAGUUAACUAGACAGUUUAUAUUUGGUAACUAAACAGUUUAUACUUGGUAACUAGACAGUUUAUACUUGGUAAAUUUUAACAGUUUCUACCAAAACAAAUUAUUUUUAAUAUAAGGCAAAAUGAUGAGAAAAUAUUACAUACUGACAAAGUUUUUUUUUAACGGUUAAAUUUUCACAAAAAGUUUUAAGUAAAAGAUGUUUAUAAACAUUUUUUUAUUUCAAAGGUUUCUGAUUUUUCGCAGCUUUUUUCCAUUCUCAGAAAAAGAAAAAAAAUAUGUGAGCUUCAUUUAUUUAAUAUAAAGGAUCUGAACAUUCCAUAAUGUAAUUAUUGUAAGUAACAAGGGGCAGGUGUGGGGGCAAAGGAGGCCUUUUUUGUUGUCUCCUUUAUUACUGGUUUUUUUAUCACUCAAUCAUGCCUUCGUGUCCCUUUCCAACAUAUAUAUGCUAUCAUAUUUCUCGUAUCUCAGAUUUGCUUUCUUUUAAUUGAUGUCGUGUAAAAUGUUCCAAAGAUAUUUUAUACUCUAUGUGUUAACUGAUGGCCUCAGCAGAUCUAUACUCUCCGAUUCCUUGAAAUUGAUCUGGUGUAAAUAUGAAUGGUUAAGAUAUUUUUAAUUAUCUCAGGUGUAAAUAUGAAUUGCCAAGAUGUUUUACAGUAUCACUUGUGUAAAUAUGAAUGGUCGAGAUAAUUUCAGUUACAUUGAUUGUAAAUGUAGACAUCUGGCCCCAGUGACUCAAAAGUUUAUUGAAGUUAACCAGUGAAUAGUGAAAAGUUCAAAUUGCUGAACUGAACAAACAAGAGUGUUAAGGAUAAAAUUAAAGUUAUAAAUAUAUCGUUAUGGCUUGUCUUAUCAAAUCAACAUAUGUGAAAUGAUAAAGAAUGUUUCCAAUUUUUUUAUUUCAUGUUUGGAAGUUUUCACUUACCACUGGUUAUCUCUAACCAGUCAUUGAACAACUGGGGCCCUAUCACUAAGGACAGCACACGAGAGAAAACCAGCACAACUGUGAUAUAGAAUCGGAUUUAAUAGCUAGUCAAAUGUAACAAACACACAUGUCUGGAAUUUUUAUUUUUUAUUUUAUAUUUAUGCCUUAAUUUUGUAUGAAAAAAAGAUGUUUAAAUUGUCACCUAAUUUAUUUUACAUAAUGAUACAUCAGUUUUAUCUUUUGGAAAUAGUUUUGAUAUCAGUGUCAUGCGAUAGUGAUAAUAUUGUUUGUAAUAUGUAACCAUAUAUUAUAAUGAUCUAGUUAUUGUAUUACAUGUCGGUUUAACAUAUGGUUUUACAUUACCUUUUAGUGUGUAUAAUAACACUGAAUUAUCUUACAUGAUAAUCAAAUACCAUUAUACUUGUGUAUGUAGACUGUUUUGUGGGUGUGCAAUCUGAAUCACUGAAUCACAGUUUUCAGUUGAUGAAAAUCAAAUUCAGGCUUAUAAGAACACAUUCUUAUCGUUUCCUUUAUUAUUUCGGAUACAUUUCCAUGACUUUGGAAUCUGGUUCACAUGGCUUUAAGUCUUUUCUAUUAUUUUCCUUUUUACAGCUUAACCUUCAAGUUGUAUAUGUACACCUAGUAUAGAUUAAGAUGCACUAAACAUUAGUACACACAAUACUAUGUACAGAUUAGUUCACUCAAUCUAAAAAAUAAAUAAAAUUUAUUUAUUUCACAAUUUCUA